AUGCUCUCCAAGACCAUCUUCGCUACCGCCAUCUUGGCCCUGGCCACCUCUGUCGCCGCUGCACCCGUUGCUGCCCCUAUCGCCGCCGCUCAGCCCGACCUCAAGGAGACUCUCACCAACCUCCUCUCCCCUGGAUCCGACGACUCGGCACAGAACCUGGGUAGCCUCCUCUCUCCCGGAUCCGACAACUCAGCUUUGAACGGAAACUCUGCUGAGGGAAAUGGUAACGGUAACGAGGCUGGUAAUGGCAACUCUGCCGGCAAUGGAAACUCCGCUGGCAACAACAACGGCAACGGCAACUCUGUUGACGGUAACUCGUUGAUCAACCUUAAGAACUAA